CUGCAGAAGAGCGUGAAGGAGGGGCUGUUGCUGAAGCAGACAAGCUCAUUCCAGAGGUGGAAGAGGCGAUACUUCAAGCUGCGGGGCAGGACACUCUAUUAUGCCAAGGACGCCAAGUCCCUGAUCUUCGACGAGGUGGACCUGUCCGAUGCCAGUGUGGCUGAGACCAGCACCAAGAACAUCAACAACAGUUUCACGGUGAUCACACCAUUCCGGAAGCUUAUCCUAUGUGCAGAGAACCGGAAGGAGAUGGAGGACUGGAUCAGUGCCCUGAAAUCUGUCCAGAAGUGGGAGAUCCAUGAGGCCACGCAGUUCAACAUGGAACACUUCUCGGGCAUGCACAACUGGUACGCUUGCUCCCACGCCCGCCCCACCUUCUGCAACGUCUGCCGUGAAGCCCUCCCGGGGGUCACCUCCCACGGCCUCUCCUGUGAAGUCUGCAAGUUCAAGGCACACAAGCGCUGCGCCGUCAGAGCCACCAACAACUGCAAGUGGACGACCCUGGCCUCCAUCGGCACUGAAAUCAUUGAGGACGAGGAUGGGGUGGCCAUGCCUCACCAGUGGCUGGAGGGGAAUCUGCCUGUCAGCGCACGCUGCGCCGUCUGCGAUCGGACCUGUGGCAGCGUCCGGAGGCUGCAGGACUGGCGGUGUCUCUGGUGCAAGGCCAUCGUUCACAGCGCCUGCAAGGAGCUCUUUGGCAAGAGGUGCCCCCUGGGCCAGUACAAAGUGUCCAUCAUCCCGCCAACUGCCUUGAACAGCAUCGAUUCGGAUGGUGAGUCACAGAGGGGACAGGACUGGACUGCCACCUGCCCCUCGACCUGCUCCAGCCCUCUCCUGGCCUUUGUCAACUCCAAGAGUGGGGACAACCAGGGUGUCAAGUUUCUGCGCAAGUUCAAGCAGUUCCUGAACCCGGCCCAAGUCUUCGACCUCAUGAAUGGGGGCCCGCACCUGGGGCUGCGCCUCUUCCAGAAGUUCUCCACCUUCCGAAUCCUGGUGUGUGGGGGGGACGGCAGCGUGGGCUGGGUGCUCUCUGAGAUCGAUGCCCUUGGCCUCCACAAGCAAUGCCAGCUGGGCGUCCUGCCCCUGGGGACCGGCAAUGACCUGGCACGGGUUCUGGGCUGGGGCAGCCUCUGCGAUGAUGACACCCAGCUGCUGCAGAUCCUGGAGAAGCUGGAAAGGGCCACCACCAAGAUGCUGGACCGGUGGAGCGUGCUGACAUACGAGGCCCCCAAGCAGUCCCCCCCAGCCCUGAAGGAGGAGGAGAAUGGGGACUCCAACAUCCAGGCCCAGAUCUCCCACUACGCUGACUCUGUUGCUUUCCACCUGGCCAAGAUCCUGGAGUCGGACAAGCACUCGGUGGUGAUCUCAUCUGCAAAGUUCCUCUGUAGCACUGUCAAUGACUUCGUGGCUGAAGUCGGCCGGGCUUACAAGAGGGCGACGGAGAACAAGCAAGAGGCUGAGCUGAUGGCGCGGAAGUGCGCCAUGCUGAACGAGAAGCUGGACUCGCUGGUGCGGGAGCUGAAUGAGGAGGCUCAGGCCAUCGUGGUCCCCGAGGGAAUGGUGCAGGCCCCCCCUGUUGACACCAAGGACCAGGAGAAAGGCGGCAGCUUCAACCCCAGCCCCGUGCCUCGCAUCUUCAAAUCCAAGGAGCAGCUCAUGCUGCGGGCGAACAGCCUGAAGAAAGCCCUGCGGCAAAUCAUUGAGCAGGUGGAGAGAGCUGUGGAUGAGCAGAACAAGCAGACCCAAGCCUACCAGGGCAGUGCGGGCCCCAGCAAGGACAGCUCAGAGGAGCUCAGCAAGGAGGAGGAGAGGCUCAGCUCCCGGCGGGAGACAGUGACCUCCGCAUCUUCCUCCAUCAUCCUGGACCGUCCGGACACCUUUGGCAGCUUGCAGUUCCCCGAAGAUCCCAGUGCCCUCCACUUCUUGGAGAAAUGCGUCAUGAAUAACUACUUUGGCAUUGGUUUGGAUGCGAAGAUCUCCCUGGAGUUCAACAACAAACGCGAUGAGCACCCCAAGAAGUGCAGCAGCCGCACCAAGAACAUGAUGUGGUAUGGGGUGCUGGGCACGAAGGAGCUCCUGCAGCGUACCUACAAGAACCUGGAGCAGCGGGUGCAGCUGGAGUGUGACGGGGUGCCCAUCUCGCUGCCCAGCCUGCAGGGCAUCGCUGUCCUCAACAUCCCCAGCUACGCUGGGGGCAUCAACUUCUGGGGAGGCACCAAGGAGGACAAUAACUUUGGGGCUCCAUCCUUUGAUGACAAGAAGCUGGAGGUUGUGGCCGUCUUUGGCAGCAUCCAGAUGGCUGUGUCACGGGUCAUCAACCUCCAGCACCAUCGCAUCGCACAGUGCCGCGUGGUGAAGAUCACCAUCCGGGGGGACGAAGGUGUCCCCGUGCAGGUAGAUGGAGAAGCCUGGAUCCAGCCACCCGGCAUCAUCAAGAUCCAGCACAAGAACCGAGCCCAGAUGCUGACAAGGGACCGGGCAUUUGAAAGCACCCUCAAGUCCUGGGAGGACAAACAGAAGGGGGAGAGCUACCGAACGGCUGCCCGGCCACGGCUCAGCUCCCAGCAGUCCAUGGAGUACCUGACCGAGGAGGAGAGCAGCCUCUUGCAGCAAGUCUCGCGGGUCGCAGAGACCCUCAUUUCCAGGAUCCACGAGGCAGCCAAGGCUCACAAAGCCGUGGAGCAGGAGCUGGCGCAUGCUGUCAACACCAGCUCCCUGGCGCUGAGCGAAGCCCUCUCCAACAAAGCUGCUGGCACCUCGGAGCUGGACUCGCCUCAGGAGGAGGAGGCGCUGCACGGCCCCCUGAGCGUGCUGGGCCAGGAGCUGCAGAGGCUGCUGGACAUCCACUGGCUGGGGCCCAUUGCACACCCCGCUGAGGAGGAAAGCACCAGCAGCGCUAACAAGGGCAGCUUCAAGCUUCGCCUCAACAUCCCUAAGCCCAGGAAGGACAAGGACAAGGUGCAAAAGCAGAAGACCAACAGCGCGCUCCCAGCGGACAAGUGGGGCUCCGAGGAGGUGGCAGCUUGGCUGGAAGCGCUCGGCUUAGGGGAGUACAGAGACAUUUUUGUCCGGCAUGACAUCCAGGGCUCUGAGUUGAUCCUGCUGGAGAGGAGAGACCUGAAGGACCUGGGGAUCACCAAAGUGGGCCACAUGAAGAGAAUCCUCCAGGCCAUUAAGGAGCUCAGCAACCCACCCUAG